CAUAAUUUAUUUGUCAUAAUUGUGUUGUUAGCUUAUUUAUUUACGUGCUUACGGUUUAAAAUCAUUACAUAGUAAUAAUAUUUCAGUAAUCACAGUGUUAUUGAACACUCGACAAAUUAAUAUAAUUUUAAACACACGAAAAAGUACCUAAUAAAAAAAUUGAGUAUUCUUUUAAGUCUUGCCAAGAUGAGUAGUGCCUUAGAAUCGAACCAAACUAUUAAUUCUUCAAUGGAUAUAUCACAAUGCGAUAGUAAUGAAAGUAUGGAAACAAUCAAAACAAAACAAUACCUAAGAAAUUUAUUAAAGGCAAGAAUAUUUCUUGGACGAUAUCUGGAAAGAAGACUUAUCGAUGAACGCAUAGGGUAUCGCGAUAUUGUUCUUCUUAGUACUGCUGAAGUUGAAUUGAAGAACGACUUAACAGAGGUCCUUCGCAAGCUCCGUACUUUGUGUCCUAAAAUUCAUUGGAUCGGCAUUACUGACUCACAUGUUGUUGGAUGUGGUUCAUCAGGCAUGUGUAUUUGGACUGAGAUAGAUAAUCAACCACUGGGUCCCUUUUGGUUUCAGAUAAAGAGCUUAAAAUUCAAAGAGCUUGAGAUUAUCAUAACAUUAAAGUGCUUGCGGCACAUUUCCGAUUCAUUCUUAGAAUUGGAGCCAAUAUUGAUUGGUAAAUCUAACAAAACAAUAGAGAGUUUAGAUAAUAAAAUAGAAAACAGUGUAGAAGUAUUAAAUGAAACAUAUACAGAAGUUGUUGGUACCCUGAAGAAUGCAUUGUCAAUUCGAAAUGCCAAAGAAUUUUUUACAUUUUUACUAGCAUUUGUUAUUGCAAUAGUCACCGGCAGUGUUUCUUUUGUAAAUUUUAUAGGAAAUUUCAUUCUUGCUCUGAUGAGGGAGUUAUCCAUGUUAAUAAAAAACUCUACACCUAUGUUUUUGGGGCUUUUAGAUUUUUUUAGUAAAAUAGUAGGUGGAUUUUAUAUAUUGCUUGCAAUGUUAUUUAAACAGAAUGCUCCUGCACCUAUGGACAAGAGAAGUUUAGCACAUUAUGAUAACUAUGCUCAAAAUAAACAUUACAAUCGUCAAUUUGAUUAAUUUUAAUUCUUUGAAAAAGCAAUUUAAAAGGUUUUCUAAAUAUAUUGAGCGCAAUUUAUAUUGUUAAAUAAACCACAGAUUGAAUAUAAAAGCAUAGAUCUCAUUUUAGGAAUCUUAAAUUAUAUCAAAAUUUAAGGGAAAAAAAUCAUUAUAUAUGAUUUAGCCACUAAACAAUAUUUUAAUGCUAUUGCUAUUGUUUAAAGUGUAUUUUAAUAUUAAUUACAAAGUAAUUUAAAUAAAAGUGCAUUUAUGUAAAUGUAUUUAAUAUAUUUUUAUUGCAUAAAGUUUAUAUACUCUUUAAGAUAUUUUAUACAAAAAUGUUACAAUGUUGUAAUAAAAUCAAUCGAUUUUACUACACUUUUUGUUUAGCUUUAUUUUUCUAUUGGCACAAUGAUUACUGGUUUCCUCGACUCAGCUGGAAAAUAAAGGUGUUUUUAUUAAUGUGUAUUUUGUUUUAGCAAAUUUUAUAUGAUUAGCUUAACAUGAGAAACAAAGUUAGACUUAAAUUUUGUUAGACAAAAAAUAUUUUGUUUUCGACUUUCUCAAGGUAGGUUGUGACAUUUAUUCCCUAGAUAAUGGUUAGUAGCCAAAGGGCUAUUCCAAAUAUGAACGGUUUGGUAAGUGAGCUCAUGCUCUUAGUGCUCAACUUGGGAGGUUAGUUAUUUUGGUCCCGAAUGACGUCACACAAUGUAAUUAAAUUCAGUAGGUGUUAUGUAGUGCAGCUAUUUUCAAAUUUAUUAAAGAGUUCCAUUGUAAUUGGCUUAUGGUGCGGAAAAUUUAAAAAUAAAUUGGAUAAUAUAAGAAAAAAGGGGGGUUAUACUGCCCUAACGCGAGAUUAAAAGUCUGCCAAAAGUAAAGUAAGGCCAACCAGACGAGGUAAAAAAUGUAAACAAAGUUUCAGGAGUAAAAAACAUUUUUAUUUAAAUAAAUUAUUACAAAGUUCGAAUUUUAAUCGCUGUCAUCUGUACUAGACAAAGAUGAUUCGUCGGAAGAGUCCGAGUCAGCUGUGUUUAUGAUAAAACUAUCUACUGUAUUAUCAAUCAUGUUGUCAAUAUAGCUAUAAAAAUUGUCCUUAAAAUUCGAACGCAAUCCAAACAGGAAUGAACUUGUUCACAAAAUGGCGGACCAAAUGUUGACAACUGCGGUACUGUGCUUUCCUGUACCAUGAAACACACAACGACAGCUGUUGUCGACCAACUGACGCCAUAACUGCGCGUACGAGUGAUAAGGACAGAGAUAAUAAUCCCUCGCUAUCGCAAUGUAACUCAGUAACGGUCCGCUUGUUUACGUUUAUUAUCUCGUCUGGUUGGCCUAAGUUUAGAUUAGUUUUGUAAAGUAUAUAAUGUGAAAAUAGCGGCAAUAUACAUAUUACAAUGCAAUAACGGCCGUCUGGUGUAGUGGUAAGUGACAUGGUCACUACAUAAGGGGGUCGCGGGUUCAAAUCCCGCCAAGGGAAGAUAUUUGUAUGAUAAAUAUAAAUGUCUUUUCCAGGGUUAUGGAUGUAUAUUCAAUAUAUGUAUGUGUAUAAUAAAAAUCUUACAUUUAUUUCCGUUAUCUGGUACCUGUAACACAAGUACUUUACGAACUUAUCACGGGACCAGUUAACGUGGCGUGAUUGUUAGUAAAUAUUAAUUAAUUUAUUAAAAAAAAAAAAAAAAAAAAAAAAAAAAAAAAAAAAAAAAAAAAAAAAAAAAAAAAAAAAAAAAAAAAAAAAAAAAAAAAAAAAAAAAAAAAAAAAAAAAAAAAUUAAA